AUGGCCCCUCAGGACCGAGAGGGCCUCGGCGGAACUGUAGCGCAGCACGGAUACCGCGCAGAGACACGGGGCGGCCUGCAUGCGCACGCGGUAUCGACGCCCAAGCUCGCUCCAGCGGUUCAGCGCGUCAACAACGCCUCGGCCUCGGCCAUGAGCAGGCUCCUGGCCCUGCGUCGUGCAGAGCGCGACGAAGCGACGGAUCGUCCCGCUUCCAGCGAGCUGCCGCAGGCAGGCGGCGCUACGUCCGCGUUGCGUCGAGCGGCAAGCAUUCUCACCGAGGCGAGGCACCGGGGCGCGCUGGGGAGCCCUGCGCCCGCCCCGCCGGACCGCAGCGUCGCCGUGACUCCCUGUCGCAUCGACCGUGCUGUUCAUCCUCGGGAGGUGCGCGCCAUCGAGCGCGACGGCCCACCGCGGGUAUUGUCGCUUCGGGAGGCGACGUUGCACUCUCGGCUGGCGCAGGAGUCGCUCGAGCUGGCGUGCGAAGACGACAGGUCGCUGAGAGCGGCCGGGUCGCCGAACGUGCACGAGAUGGGGAGCGCGUGGUGGGAGGGAGACUCGGACCUCCCCAGCGACGCGUCGGGCGAGCCCGCACCGAACAUGAGACCGCGGACAGCAGGCGCGGCGCGGCGUGAGGCCGGGGCCGCGGACGCCACCAUCGCGCACACCACGAUCGAGGUGCCGACCGUGCCGAUGUCGCGAAUGCGGGAGGUGCUGGCCGAGAUCGAGCAGGACGCGGCGCAGCGUCGGCAACAGAAAGCGCGGAACUCACAGCGCACGUACAGCAGAUACAGGAACGUGCCGUCCCUGGACCCGCCGCACGUGGCAUCUCGGGUCCGCAGCGCGGUGUCGAGGGCCGCGGAGGACUGGAACACCCCCGCCUACGCCCGGCCCACCAGGAGCAGUUCGCUGCGCCAGCGGGCGCCCGCGGACGGGCCGAAGCCGUGGGACGCGCCCUCGCACUUGGAGCCCCCGGUCAAGCAGGCGUGGCCGGCGGCGGGGCGCACGACGAUGGGGCCGUGGACGGGAUACGAAGGUCCGCUGAUGAGCGCGUCGGUGAGCCCGCCUAUGAACCGCUUCCAGGUGUGGCGGCGGGCGGAGUGCAGGCCCCCGGUGCGCCCCGGCGGCCCAACGAGGUCGGCACGGCGCGCGCUCAAGUGGUAG